AGUUUUAUGUGUGAGCAGGAUGGAGGCUGACCUGUCUGGCUUUAAUAUCGAUGCCCCCCGCUGGGACCAGUGCACUUUCCUGGGGCGGGUGAAGCAUUUCUUCAAUGUCACGGACCCCCGCACCGUCCUGGUACCGGAGCGGGAGCUGGACUGGGCCAAGGUGCUGGUGGAGGAGAGCAGGAUGGGGACUGUGCCCCCAGGCACGCGAGUGGAGCAGCUGCUCUAUGCCAAGAAGCUGUACGACUCGGCCUUCCACCCUGACACCGGGGACAAGAUGAACGUCAUUGGGCGGAUGUCCUUCCAGGUCCCCGGGGGCAUGAUCAUCACGGGCUUCAUGCUCCAGUUCUACAGGACGAUACCGGCAGUGAUCUUCUGGCAGUGGGUGAACCAGUCCUUCAAUGCCUUAGUCAACUACACCAACAGGAAUGCAGCUUCCCCCACGUCGGUCAGGCAGAUGGCCGUUUCCUACAUCACUGCCACAACCGCUGCGGUGGCCACUGCUGUGGGCAUGAACACGUUGACAAAGAGAGCCCCGCCCCUGGUGGGCCGCUGGGUGCCCUUUGCCGCUGUGGCUGCGGCUAACUGUGUCAACAUCCCAAUGAUGCGACAGCAGGAACUCAUCCAGGGCAUCUGUGUGAAGGACAGGAACCACAAUGAGAUUGGUCAUUCCCGGAGAGCUGCGGCCAUAGGCAUCACCCAAGUGGUUAUUUCUCGGAUCACCAUGGCAGCCCCUGGCAUGAUCCUGCUGCCGGUCGUCAUGGAAAGGCUGGAGAAACUGCGCUGCAUGAAGAGAAUCCGGGUGCUGCACGCCCCAUUGCAGGUUCUGUUGUCCGGGUGUUUCCUCAUCUUCAUGGUGCCAGUGGCAUGUGGGCUGUUCCCGCAGAAAUGUGAAUUGCCAGUUUCCUAUCUGGAACCAGAGCUCCAAGACACUAUCAAGGCCAAGUAUGGAGAACCUGUGCCUUAUGUCUACUUCAAUAAGGGUCUCUAAAUGCCCCACCCCAGCAAGGAACAGUCCAUACCCAUGUUUACCAGCUCCUCCUUAGCCACUGUGGAUUCCCGUGCCUCAUUCCUCUUUGCCAACAGGGCCUGUAGGCCAGGGUGGAUUCUGGGGGACGGGAGGAUGCCUCCUGCUUCUACCCAGGCACCUGGGUUUAUUGGACUCCGGGGGAUAAACGUGAACAGGGGGAGAGAGGCCAAGUCUUCUGUCUGCUCUCCCCUAACCCCUGUCCCCUGGAGACCAGGAGCUGAGACCCUCCUCAGGGAGAAGGUGCUGAGACCUGGGGGUGACACUCAAGCAAACCGUUUGGAAAAGUUAGGAAACCUUCAGGAUUCCGGUUCCAGCCAGGAUUGAGGAAGGGCCCCU